AUGUUGGUCAUUGACAAAAGUUGGUCGCUUAUUCUGAAUAUAAUAAUUGAAAGAUACUUGGCGGGAACCACCACUUGUAUUCUGUGGCACGAUGACUUUGAGUGGCAGUUGCAAGGUGAAGCCAAAAAUUACUCGAGCUUCGUGAGCAUCCAGAUGGAGACGCUUUCCGGUAGCUUCGAGAGGAAUGUGGUUGAUGUGGAGGCCAAGGAACAGCAGCUGAGGCAGAACGACUUGAACUAUGACGAUCUGAUGCUCAAGCUCACCAUAUCCAUAGAGAUGUCGCACUGCGAGAGUUUCCUCGUCUUUGGUGAACACAUUCCCCUCUUUGUGGCCGCCUUCUCGAGGGCAUCUAUGUACUCUAUUUGGCGCAGUCUGCACAACAGAUUCGUGUUUGCCCAUGUGGAAAUGGAACUGGGAGAGUCCUGCUGCCGGGAAUAUUUCUUCGAAGAUCAACCCAAUAUUUUGUUUGUGGUGCGCAAUUCUUCACAUGGAACGAUCUUUGAGCUGAAGACGAACAAGUAUGUGGGACCAAGAGCUGAGAAGCCUGGCCAGCUGCUUUUACUGGAUCGCUUUGAUGCCAGCGAAGAACAGUUUCAGCUCAACACAUUCCUCUUUCCCGACAAACUGAGAGACCUUCAGGGACGCGAGGUGAUCAUCGCCGGGUUCGACUACAGACCCUACACGGUCAUCAACAAAGGUAUCUCGAGCAAUGCCCGAGAUGUUGGCGUGGCUGCCGAGUCGGACCAGGCCGAGGUCUAUAUCGAUGGCACCGAGACGCAAGUUGUGCUCAACUUCUGUGCACAGUUCAAUUGCACCGUGCAGAUCGACACAUCUGAUGCCUACGACUGGGGCACCAUCUACCCAAACAUGUCGGGGGACGGGGCCAUGGGCAUGAUCAUCCAGCACAAGGCGGACAUUUGCAUAGGCGCCAUGUACUCCUGGUCCGACGAUUAUACCUACCUAGACCUGUCCAUGUAUCUGGUCAGAUCCGGGAUCACAUGCUUGGUGCCGGCACCCUAUCGCCUGGCCAGCUGGUACCUGCCACUGCAACCGUUCCAGGGCACAUUGUGGGCCGCCGUGGUCGUCUGCUUAAGCAUCGAGACUAUGGGUCUGGUAGUGGCACAUUGGAGUGAGCAGAAGCUGUACAAGAUGGUGGGCAGCGAGGACGCCAGCUGGUGGAGCAGCUGGGCAUUUGGCCUGGUGACCACCUUCAAGCUGUUCAUUUCGCAGUCUGGGAACAGCAAUGUGAGAUCCGUCACGGUUCGUGUGCUGCUCUUCGCCUGCUUCCUCAACGACAUCAUCAUCACGAGCAUCUACGGCGGAGGCCUGGCCAGCAUCUUGACCAUUCCCAGUUUCGGGGAGGCGGCUGACACGAUGCAGAGGAUGCGCAGCCAUCGAUUGCAGUGGGCGGCCAACUCGGAGGCGUGGGUAUCCGCAAUACGUGGAACCGAUGAUCCCCUGGUGCAGGAUCUAUUGAGUAACUUUCACAUCUACAGCGAUGAGCAGUUGCUCCACUUGGCGCAAACUGGACGCAUGGGAUUCACCGUGGAGCGUCUGCCCUUUGGUCACUUUGCCAUUGGGGAUUACCUCACGGGGGAGGCCAUCGAUAAGAUGGUGAUCAUGCAGGAGGAUCUCUACUACCAGUACACGGUCGCCUUUGUGCCUCGUCUUUGGCCACUCCUCGGACGCUUCAACGAUCUCGUCUAUCGCUGGCAUUCCUCUGGCUUCGACAAGUACUGGGAAUACCGCGUGGUCGCUGACAAUCUCAACGUGCAGCUGCAGCAGCAGGUGGAGAGCACCAUGCCGGGUGUGGGACAGGGUCAGGAUGACAUUAACAUCGAACCCGUCACCCUGGGCAUGUCUAACUUUGCUGGCAUUCUGGUCGUCUGGGUCUUGGGCAUCACUGUGGCCCUAAUGGCCUUUGUGGCCGAAUUGCUGACAGCCAAGUUCAAGCUGGCAAAAAGUUCGACUCAAUGA